AUGUUCUACCCACGAGGGCACGCGAACGUCGACGGCGCUCUGCGCGCCAGCCUCGCCUCGCCCACAGCGGUGGGGGAGACGCGGUGGCGCAUAGAGGGCACACCGGCUUUGGUGCGCAGCGAGACCGUAGUGAUGGAGCUGUUCACGCUGCUGCACGUUCACCACCAGGUUAUGUGCCAUUUAGACAAUGUCGCCGAGCUCAACGAGGCAGCAUGGUCCGCAUACCUGUCGACGCUGCAGGCGCAACUUGAAGCCGAUAUGGGGCAGCCGGUGCAGCAGCAGUGCACUUCCGUGGCGCUGGUCUUGCGGACACUGAUGAACGUGCAUCGAGGGCAGAUGGACAGGCGGACGCCCGUCGCGCUGAGCCAGCGCCCGAGGAGAGAGCAGCAGGUCCAGAGCCGAGAAGAAAUCGCCCUCAGCAGGCGCGUGCUCGAGGUGCUCACACGGCUGAUGGCACCGACGCACGCGCUCGUCCAGCAGCUUGAGGCGGCGGCAGCGGCGAGAAGUGAGACGGGAAAGUCGUCAUUUCCUUCAUCGGUGGAAAGCACGUAUGGCGACACAACCACCUUGUUCCUGGUGGCUGCUGUCAGUGCGGUGGCCGUGGAGGCUGCCUCUGCGCUGUCGCACUCAAAGUCGGUGGCGGCGUCUGUCGGAGCCUCUCCUAUCGACGCGGUCCUCGUGGACGAGUGGACAAGGUGGCGCGAUAGUGCGCGUGGCAGGCUGGCGUCACACUUUCAAGCGCUCGAGGCAUCCGUCCACAAAAGUGGUCUUGAUGUGGUAGCGGCGGUGUUUGUGGACAUCCUGCGCUGCAGGCGGUGGAUCGAGGAGCUCGGCGUGGUCCUCCCGCCGGCAACGGGAAGUGCAGUUGAGGAGGCGUGCCAGCGCAUCCUGCUUCAGGCAUGUCGAUGCACGGAGACCGUCAAGGGCGCAGACCUCUUCGAGUACAUCUGCGCACCAGCGGUGACGGCGGAGCUGCGCCGACUCUCACCGGAGCGCACAAGUUACGUGCAGAUCAUUACGGACGUGUGCACCGUUGCCGCCGCCUACCUCCGGCAGCGACCGCAGCGUGUGCCGCAGUUGGUGGAACGUCUGGAGAAGGAGCACCGCCAUGCGCUAGCGAAGGCUGGUGCCCCUCGCCCACCACCUGCGCGCCCGCCACUGCACAGCCCACUGACGGAGCUGCUGUACGCGAUGUUGUGCGCUGGCUUCCCACCAGAGUCGCUACUCACCAGCAGUCUCUGCCUCUCGCUGCCGCCGCGCGAUGUCAUCGACGUGGUGCGGGCGGUGAACCGCUUCUCCGCAUCGUGCGCCACGACCUCUCUACCGGUCCGCACGCGCGCGGUGCUCGUGGAUCAAGUGGCAGGGAUGCUGGCGCAGUGCAACAAGGACAGCUACCGCGUCGUCGUCAGCUCCACAGACGAGCUUGGUGAAGCGAACGACGCAGCGCAGAAGGAAGCAGUGACGGUCGACGCUGCAGCAGCAGGAAAGGUCAGCGGGCAUAAAGACGCUGCUGUCAGCACCUUCAACUUGACGCAGCGCAUGGCGGCGGGUGCGGCUGGCGCGGCGGCGCUGCCCGGUGCGUCUGUUGUGCUGUCGGCGACCGCGAUGCUAAGCCCGCAGUCGCAGGCGGCCGCCGCGGCCCGGCAGCGCCGUGAGCGGAACAGCAGCAAGCGCGGCAAGCGGCGAACUGCCUUGGACGCCACUGACAGCGACGGAAAGGCUGCGGCCCCCUCGGCGAUACUUACGCCAGCGUUCUACCGGCGGCAGGUGAGCCAUCUCCUCUUCGUUGGUCUGGAGGCCCUUGUCGAGUGUCUUCUCCGUGGCGACGCCGUCGCUGUCGAGAUGCUGACGCAGGCGGUGCUGCCACUGCUGCAGCGUGAAGGGCAGGAGGCGGCGCUGGCCGAUGCGCUCGAGGUCGUCUGGGAGGGCUUCCGCACUCGGCUGACGGAGAUGGGCUGCGAUGACGUGAGCGACCUCACCAGUGGCAGCCUGCGCAGUCCUGCCUCGGCAGCCGCUGCUGUAGGGAGAAGCGGUCGAUCCCCUGCACCCCCCGUAGCCCUGUCGGAAAACGUCGAGAAGGCCCUGGCGCUGUUGCCAGCGCUCUUCCUGCCACGCCUCACGGAGUCGGCGGUGAAGUUGCUGGGGUCGGGCCUGGAGCGUGCGGGCUCUGGAGGUGGUGCCGGCACAAGCAAGGCAACUGAAUCUCUUAGCCACGGCACUGUCGGGGGUCAUCAUCACUCGUCUACCGCCGCUGCGAUGCCGAUGUCGGUGGAGGAGCUGACAGAGGUGGCGCUGCGGCUGAGCACGGCCGCCAUUCUGUGCGGCAUGCCAGCCGACACCGUCGCCCAGCUCACAGCCUUACACAGUACUCUGAAUAAGUCGCACGGCAGGGCUGCCGGUGCUGGCGUUGGGGACGGUGGUCAGAGCGAUGCAGCAGCCGCGGUCGCGUGGGCGUUUGCAGUCGUGGAGCGGCUAGAGCGGCUGCUGUCGCAGCUGUCGCGGCAGUCGCACGGCUUGACGCGGCACCCGCACUCCGCCCACGCGCGCAACAGCGGCCUCGCCGUUUAUCAACUGCUGACCAUCUACAUCGCCUCCACAGCCGCCGUCGCGAACAGCAUGACCCAGUCGAGCAGAUCCUCCGCCGUGUCCGCCAGCACGACUCGGCAGCGGUAUCGACACUACCUGCUGACGGUGGUGCACCUGCUGUACCGCCUGCGCACCGAGUACACGGUGGUGGUGGAGCCAGCCGCGCUGCGCAUGUUCCGCAUAGACGUAUUUGACCCCGCGCUGACAGCCGUCAUGUGCACCCCGUCCCGCGGUACCGAUGCGACGCCAGCGCUGCAGAUGCCACUCACCACGCUGACUGAGGUGAUGGUGGUCACGUGCGUCGCGGACAGCGUCCAGCACGUCUCUCCUGCCUUGGUGCGUGGCGUGGUGGCGGCGGUGGAGCAGCACCUGAAGACGCGCGCCACGGCCCUGCAGACGCCUGAGGAGGUCCCCCACGCGGAGUCGACUGCGAGCACGGCUGACGUUGCCGACACCGCGACUGGUGUGUUGGCGACACAGCUGCUCUGUGCUGCUGCCACGCUGUGCCUCCGCGCUGAUGACGCGCUCACGUCGAUGCUGCUACAGUUGCUGGACCUGCUGAGUCCGCUGCUUGCCACCUCGCAGACCAUGACGGUGCUGCAGCGCCUGCACGCGACUGGCGCACCGCUGGCGGCACCGCCGGUGCGGCGGCUCAUCGAGCGCCUUGUUGUAGCUCUACGCCAGGACUUGCAUGCAGCGAGGGCGUCUGACGGCGGCGCAGCAACCGCAACACGGCGCACGACGACGGUGGCACAGCGCAUCACCACCCUACACACCCUCAGCGCCGUGCAGAGGACCGCUGAGGCGGCCGUCGACGACGGCGACGCAGCGACGCUCCUGCAGCUGCUGCGCACCGUCCCGUACGGGCCAUUGCUCCAGUCCUUCUUGAAGCCGCAGGAGCUCGCGCUGCGCCGCUACACGGUGGGCGAGUGUGGCGCGCUUGUCGAGGUCGUCGCACACCUCACCGCUGGCGAAGCUGGCACGGCCAAGGGCAGCGGUUCACAGCGUGGCCUGACUGGAGGCGUUGAUGUAGUGGCGACGGAGGCGAAGGCCAUGGCCUUGGACGAAGCACGGCAACCGCAGCAGUCUCCACCGAGAGAAGCAAAGGCGGGGCCCGCGGCCUCUGCGACGGUGCGCUGGACGGCGUCAGAGGCAGAGGCGAUGCGGCUGCUGCCGCGAACCCUCGCCGUCUACGUACUGCAGGCGGUGCAGCUGCCGUACAAUGUGCACGACAUUCCGCUGCUGCUGCGCGGCUACGCGGCGCUCUCGGGAGAGAGCCAGCUGCAGCAGCAGGUGCUACGCGCAUUCGUCUCGCGCACUAUGCGCGCUGCCCCGACGCUGGCACCGGACGAGAUCGUCCUGUGCGUUGAGGCUUACUGCGCAGGUGGCGUGUAUCAUCAGCAGCUCUACGGUGUCCUGCUCGGUCGCGUCGCUGACAUGGGGCGCAAGUUCUCGCUGGAGCUCUCGGUGCGUCUGCUGCGGUGUGGCACGCAGUCUGGCAAUGCGAGCGUGCGCACCGUGUGCGUGACGGCGGUGCAGCCGAUCUUCUCUGCGCAGGUGCGCGGGCUGCUGCAGAACGACCCGCACAUGCUCGUAUCGGUCGCCUCGACUGCCCUGGCCAUCCUCCACUGCCUGCGGGACUGCUUCCCACACGAUGACAUCGGCGCUGCUGUACUCGCCAACGUCGCGCGCUACCACCACGAUGCGAGCCUGCCAGUGAUGAAGGCCGCCUUGGAGCUGGCGGAGCGACGCAGCUCGACGGACUACGACGUCGUGCACAUCCUUGCCCGGCACUGCACGGAGCGGGUGCUGCCCACCUGCUCCCCCGCGGAGCUGGCAAAUGUGUCGUACCUGCUGAUCGCGUGCGGGCUGCGCACGGCGGCGGUGAUGGAGGCUACGUACAGGCGUCUCAGCGAGGUGGCGCAUACCAUGCAAGCGCACAGCCUCACUCGACUGGCGCAAGGGCUGCUGCGCGCCUCUGUGGAGGUCGACACGACGGUCAUGGAGAAUAUGUGCAAGCGUAUCGUGGAGCUAGCCGAGGAGAGCGCCAAGGAAAACAGCGGUGAUGUGGCCGCCGCUGCCCCUCUGACAAUGCAGCAGGUGUGCGUGCUGCUUCAGCUGCUGCGCAGCGUCGCCGGUCGCGUCAUGACGACCGUCAUGACGACGGUGGACGCCCUUCUCGCAUAUGUGCAGCAAGUGGUUGUGCAGGAACGGCGCGAUGGCGAGCCGCCUCAUGGUGACCAGCCGCCGUCGUACCAGCCACCGCGGCUUCUGGCAGGGAUGACCCUACGCGAGGUGGAAGCCGUCCUCCGCUGCUGCAUCGAUCUCUCGAGCAUGCCGAAGCAGUUCCAGCGACUCACCCACAGCCUCGCCGACUACACGGCCUACGUAAUGGCGCAGGACGCCUCGUCGCUUGCUGCUUCUGGAGGGGGCAACGAAGGCCGCCUCCCGAACUCGACGGCCGACCGCCUGCUCAACGACACACUGUUGCCGACCUCCUCGGCGUCUACGUGGUCCAUCGGUGCUUCGUCCCUCUCCGCUACGCCAGCGUGGCAAACGGACCUGAUCCUCCUGGUCGACCUCAGCGGUCUCUUCAUCCGCCUUGGCGAGACCGCACACCCGGUUGUCCAGCAGCUCUUCGAGCGGCAGUACGACCGCCGCGGCAUCCUGCUCCAGCGCGCGCUGCUCGUUAAAACGACGAAGCAGUCGCUGGAGGCUGCUGGGCGUGACGUGCACCCAGCGCUUUACAAGCUCGUCGUCGAUGGAGAGCUGCUGUGA